CGUUUCAUAAUUUGCUGAAUAACAUAGCCCAGUUUUCUUUACUUUUAUGUGUAAAACAUAUUGCCUUUACCCAUUAUUCCUUGGCAGAAAUCACAAGUCUUUCAUUCACAACCAGUUCAUUGCAUGCUUCGUCUACUUCUGUGCUUUUCCUGAAAUUUCAGAUUGUUUUGAAGGGGGUAGAUAUACUUUACGGGGUUUUUAUUUGGAUGAGAGUUCAUUUUUUACUUCUUCUUUUUAUCAGAAGGAAGGAAGGAGAGAUGUCUGGAAUGGAUGACCAGACAAGCAAGCUUUUCAGGAUAAGACGGACAUUAAUGCAGAUGCUUAGGGACCGUGGUUAUCUGGUGGGUGACUUUGAAAUCAAUAUGACAAAAGCCCAAUUCAUCGAAAAGUUUGGUGAUGAAGUCAAGAAGGAUGACCUCGUGAUCAACAAGACGAUGCGCAACAAUCCUUCGGAACAGAUAUAUGUUUUCUUCCCAGAGGAGCAGAAGGUUGGUGUAAAGACUGUCAAAACAUACACAGAGCGUAUGAAGUCGGAGAAUGUGUUUCGAGCUAUAUUAGUCCUUCAACAGAACUUGACUCCCUUCGCCCGGCAAUGUGUCCAAGAAAUUUCUGCUAAGUUCCAUUUGGAAAUUUUUCAGGAGUCAGAACUUCUAGUCAAUAUCAAGGAGCAUGUCCUUGUUCCAGAGCAUCAAGUUCUUACCAGUGAAGAAAAGAAGACGUUGCUUGAGCGGUAUACUCUGAAAGAGACACAGCUUCCACGGAUUCAAAUAACUGACCCGAUUGCCAGAUACUAUGGUCUGAAGCGUGGUCAAGUUGUGAAGAUCAUUCGACCCAGUGAGACUGCUGGAAGAUAUGUCACCUAUCGUUAUGUUGUGUAACUCUCUCGAGCACAAGAGAAGAUAUUCCUGUAUCUGUAUGACUGUUGAGGAUAUUUAUAGGGAAGGUUGAGAGUUCUGGACCCUAGAAAGAUGGGGUUGUGGACCAUGUAUCAUUGAAGGCUUGACCGAUGGUGUAGUGCAGAUCAAUUGGUGAGAGUGAGGCAGCGUAUGGGUUAGGGAAAAGUUCUGAUUUUAUGCUUUCAGAGAACUGAAGUUUUGUUUGCUCUGAGAACCUCAGUUGCUCUGAAAUAGCUGAGAAAAUUCAGACGCUUUGAUUAUAUUUAUGCCGAAUAGGUUUGUGAUAUGGGCUGGAAGUUUCAAUUAUUGGGAGUUUAAAUUUGUGGUAAGCGGUUGAUUAAACUAUAUUAAGAGGACAAAACAAAUAGAGUUGUCUGAAACCAGCGAAGGAGGGUCAAAAUUUCAAGGACUCUUGUCCAUUUUCCUUCUUGAAGUAUUUGUGUUAAUAAAGUACUCCUCUCAUUAUCGAAAUUCAUUUUUUCUAUUUUCUCAGUAA